CAAUCUGCGAAGUCACGUAGAGCGAGCGAGCGAGAGAGAGUCGGUAAAAGAAAUUUAGAGAAGCCGCGGCCUAGUGAUUAGGCGCCGGGCCAGGCCUCACGGCUGCAGGAGAAGAACAGCAAUGACAUCCGCCGAGACCAUGGACCUGGCGGUAGAAGAGCUGGGCCUCUCGAUGGACGAGAUCCGCGAAUGGAUUGACCAGGAGCUGGAGAAGGUGGACUUCCUAAAGCAACGCCGAGCUGCCCUGCAGGAACUGGAGAGCUGGGUGGAGAAGAAGGAGGCCGAGGUGGCUCAUGUCGAUGGGCUCUUCGAGGAUGCGUCCAGGUCAGUGGACAUGUGCGAGUCGAUGGUGAAGGAUCUGUACAACAACCUGGGCCUGCAGUACGAGGAGACGGCCGCAGAGGGGUCAAACGAGAAGGAUGGUGCUAAACUGUCGGAAGUGAUUGAGAUCCUGGACGACGAUGAGGAAGAUGAUGAUGACGUGAUGGCUGUGGAACCUGCGGAAACGGGACGAGCCGCGCCACCAGCAUCCACCACGUCGACCGUGACCGCCCUGGGCAAGAUCACCCGUGAGCCAUCCCUGCUGCGAGACGCCAUGGCCGCGAUGCGCAAGUCUGCCCGGGACGUUCAGAAGUUUGUGGAGGCCGUUUCCAGGAAGCCUCCACCUGCCUCCGUGGGUCUGCUCCGGGCUGCGAACACGGGAGCAGGUCGGUUUACCGUAACCCCCACCCAGCCCUCCUCCUCCUCCUGUCUCCGCAAGCUGCGUCACGGCCUGGGCACAGCUUCUGUUGUUUGUCAAGUGUCACUCGUUGUCACGUAAGACGCGCAAAACAGUCCUGCUGUUAGCUAACAC